CGUUCCCGUGACUCGCCAUAGAAAACAAAGCUAUCUGAACGGCUUCCAUUACAGCGGAGGGUGCAGACUUCGAGAAUAUCCAAAUAGAGGAAAAUGCCACUGAAUAUGGAUUUAGAGCGAGUGUAGCAUCGUAUGAUACCGGGCCUGCAAGGGCUAGUGAGACGGCAGGACACUCGUAAAACUGACGAAAUUAUAGUUUUUUUCCUGGGUGUGCUUUGUCUUGAAUUGCCUGGCCACCUAGCAGCAAACCAUCAUUGUAAUUUCGAUUGCAAGCAGUUCAGCUAGUGCUUGCUAGCUGAUGACUGGGAUAUAUCGCCAUGUUGUUAUCACAUAGUGACUGUUGAAAAAUACCAAUCUUGAAGCAACGGCGGAAAUUUUCUCCACCAGCACCCGCCGUUUUGCCACAGAAACCCGAAUCUGUGCUACUGUCGCGGAACGCACUGACUGUUGUGAUCGGCGACAUGGCGGAGCAGGGCUACUCUGCUUGGGCAUACUCCCUCGUCGACUCCAGCCAGGUGUCCACCUUCCUCAUCUCCAUCCUCCUCAUCGUGUACGGUAGCUUCAGGUCCUUAAAUAUGGACUGUGAGAACCAGGAGAAGGAUAAAGAUGGGAACCCGACAGCGCCCGGGGUGUUCAAUAACGGCAACACGAACAACAGUGAGUCUCACAUCUUUGGUAUUCAGACCAUCGACUCUACACAGGCUCUUUUCCUGCCCAUAGGAGCCUCGGUCUCUCUCCUCGUCAUGUUCUUCUUCUUCGACUCUGUCCAGGUGGUCUUCACCAUCUGCACUGCAGUUCUCGCCACGAUUGCGUUUGCGUUCCUCCUUUUGCCGAUGUGCCAGUACCUCACCAGACCGUGUUCCCCACAGAACAAGAUCUCCUUCGGUUGCUGCGGGCGCUUCACCCUGGCCGAGCUGCUCUCCUUCUCUCUGUCCGUCCUGCUGGUACUCAUCUGGGUGCUCACCGGACACUGGCUGCUCAUGGACGCUCUCGCCAUGGGGCUCUGCGUGGCCAUGAUCGCCUUCGUGCGCCUGCCCAGCCUCAAGGUGUCCUGCCUGCUGCUGUCUGGACUCCUCAUCUAUGACGUCUUCUGGGUGUUUUUCUCAGCCUACAUCUUCAACAGUAACGUGAUGGUAAAGGUCGCCACCCAGCCAGCAGACAACCCCUUGGACGUCCUGUCCAGGAAGCUGCACCUGGGCCCUGGCAUGGGCCGUGACGUGCCCCGCCUCUCCCUGCCCGGCAAGCUGGUCUUCCCCAGUUCCACAGGCAGCCACUUCUCCAUGCUGGGGAUCGGAGACAUCGUCAUGCCCGGCCUGCUGCUGUGCUUCGUGCUGCGGUACGACAACUACAAGAAGCAGGCCAGCGGGGAGGCGACCGGCCCCGGGCCAGGACGCAUGCAGAGAGUCUCCUACUUCCACUGCACCCUCAUCGGAUACUUUGUGGGUCUGCUGACGGCUACAGUAGCGUCCAGGAUCCACCGUGCGGCCCAGCCUGCCCUCCUCUACCUGGUGCCCUUCACCCUGCUGCCACUGCUCACCAUGGCCUACCUGAAGGGCGACCUGCGGCGUAUGUGGUCAGAGCCUUUCCACACCAAGGCCACCAGUUCCCGCUUCCUGGAGGUAUGAUGCACCCUGGGAUACGCAGCCAGCGCUGGGAGGACCAGGGAGCCCCACCCCUGGACGGAGGAGAGAGAGGGACGCUGAAGAGAGGCCAAGUUCUCCUCAUCCCUUGUUCACACGUCAUCCAACCAUCCUCCAUGCAGCCCACAGACGGGCUCCAAGUCUGUGGGCCUCAUUGCCAGAUAC